AUGUUGGGGGAUGAAGGUAAAGAAGGAGAUUUUCGAGAUAGUGGUGAGUUCGAUGAGGGUAGAAGAGAGUCUCAUUUUCAGGCCCCUAAUGUGGAUAGGCCUGGGGUUGACGACCUUCAGUUCAAGAGAUUAGAUCCGUUGGAGAUUGGAGGCUUAACCAAACCUUUUUCGGAGACUGAAGUGAAGCUAGCGGUGUGGGAUUGCGAUAGUUUUAAAAGCCCAGGCCCUGAUGGAAUUAAUUUCGGUUUUAUUAAAGAUUUUUGGGCUGAGCUUCGAGACGACAUGAUGCGCUUUCUUUCUGAUUUCCAUCGGAAUGGUAGGUUGACGAAAGGUAUCAACUCGACUUUCAUUGCUUUGAUCCCCAAAACGGAUAGUCCUCAGAGGCUGAAUGACUUUCGUCCUAUUUCGCUUGUUGGAAGCCUCUAUAAAAUUUUGGCGAAGGUUUUAGCUAAUAGGUUGCGUCAAGUGAUUGGUAGUGUUAUCUCUGAAUCCCAGACUGCGUUCGUUAAGAAUAGACAAAUUCUCGAUGGUAUUCUCAUUGCUAACGAGGUGGUGGAUGAGGCGCGAAAGUCGAAAAAGGAUCUAUUGUUGUUUAAGGUUGAUUUUGAGAAAGCAUAUGAUUCGGUGGAUUGGGGGUAUCUUGAUGCUGUUAUGGGGCGAAUGUCAUUUCCGACUUUGUGGAGGAAGUGGAUUAGAGAGUGUGUUUGUACUGCUACGGCUUCGGUGUUAGUUAAUGGCAGUCCGACUGAUGAAUUCCCUCUUCGACGAGGGCUUAGGCAGGGGGAUCCGCUUUCUCCUUUCCUUUUUCUUCUGGCGGCUGAGGGCCUUAAUGUUCUUAUGGAAGCUAUGGUGGCGCGUAAUAUGUUUACAGGUUAUAGUAUUGGUGGACCGGGGUCGGUCUCGGUGUCGCACCUUCAAUUUGCUGAUGAUACUUUAUUGAUGGGGGUAAAAAGUUGGGCAAAUGUUCGGGCUUUGCGAGCUGUUUUAGUGCUUUUUGAGACUAUGUCUGGCUUGAAGGUUAAUUUUAAUAAAAGUAUGCUGGUUGGCGUUAAUAUUCCUGAGUCCUGGUUAUGUGAAGCUGCGUCUACUCUGAGAAUCUCUUGGGUUAGCUGGAAAUCUGUUUGUUUGCGUAAGGAGUACGGAGGUUUGGGGGUUAGACAGUUGCGUGAGUUCAACAUAGCGUUGUUGGGGAAGUGGUGUUGGCGGAUGCUGGUGGAUAGAGAGGGGUUGUGGUUUAGAGUGUUGGUAGCUAGGUAUGGGCUUGAGGGAGGUAGUCUUCGGGAGGGCGGUCAGAGAGGGUCGGUGUGGUGGAGGGAGUUAGUGCGUAUUAGGGAGGGUGUUGGUGAGCCAGGAGGCAGUUGGUUUAGGGAGCAUGUUUCGAGGAGGGUGGGGGAUGGAUCUGAUACUCUCUUUUGGAUCGAUCCGUGGUUGGAUGGGAUUUCGUUGAGGGAGCGAUUUGGGCGCCUUUUUGAGCUGACUAUGACCAAAUCUCGUUCGGUCGCAAAGAUGUUUGCUUUGGGUUGGGGGCAGAUGGGGGGGCGUGGGAGUGGCGGAGGCGAUCAGGCUAUUGACAUGUGGCAGUGGAGCCUUGACUCUGACACAGGUUAUACGGUCGGGGGAGUUUAUCAGCUCCUGACGUCUCAGGAUUCAGUUACUUUGGAUGAUGCGGAUAACCUUAUUUGGCAUUCUCAGGUUCCUUUGAAGGUUUCCAUCUUUGCGUGGCGUUUAUUGAGGGACAGGUUGCCCACGAGAGCAAACCUGGUUAUUCGUGGCGUUUUGUCUCCUACGGUUGCCACUUGUGUUUUCGGAUGUGGAGCGGCUGAGUCGGCUCAUCAUUUAUUUCUAUCAUGUAGUACUGCUGGAUCGCUUUGGGAUUUAGUUCACGCAUGGAUUGACAUUUCCUUGGUGGAUUCCACUUCUCUGCGUGAUCAUUUUGUUCAGUUUACGGCCUCAUUGGGUGGAUCUCGAGCGAGGCGGUCUUUUCUGCAGCUUGUUUGGCUCGCUUGUGUUUGGGUGAUAUGGACAGAGAGAAAUCAUCGAUUGUUCAAAGGCUCAUCGGACACACCUCAUAUUUUAUUGGACAAGAUCAAGCUUUUCUCUUUUAGGUGGUUGAAGAUGACGAACAUCACGUUAGCUUUAAACUACCAUAGCUGGUGGUCUAGUCCACUGUUGUGUUUAGGCCUUGUAUGA